CAACUCUCUGAAAAAAAGGAAGAGAUGAUGGGCUUGAGCAUACGGUGCUGGAAUAAACGUUCAACAGGUUCUGUUGUCUGUCCAGAAAAUACUAUAAGCUUAGAUUGUUAAUUUCAACAAAUUGAGGAGUUUCCUGGAUGAAUUCUUUUUGCCAUGGCUGACACUCACAAUGGGACUUGUAAGGACGGGACUACAGGAAGCACCUUGGAUUAUAUGACAGUAUUUUCACAGCCGAUUUUCUUGGUUCUCUGUACAAUGCUGGCCCUCUCACUGGUUUACAAUAUUCUCUUCUGCAUGUCAAAAUGCUACCGAGGAAAAUGGACAUGCCGACGGAGGACAAAGCAAAGUCAGAGUUCAAGACACAUGGAAGAUAAUCCCAUUUAUGGAAACAUAAGAUACCAACCAACAGAUGUGGGUGUGUACUCAGAAGCUGUACCAACACGCUCAUCUCUCAUUUCCUUAUCUGUGAGGAAUCCACAGAGAGUCCAUCCUGAGUCACAGUCAAAAACUCAGGACUGCUAUGCCAACCUGACGCUCAAGGCUCCCAGGGUGCAGUCCGGCCGGAGCUCGCCCCAGAUACACUCAGAAGGGGUGUAUAUAGGGGAGCCAACAGAGCCGGAGAGGGAAGAUGAUGAGAUCGCAGAUGCCGCCUCCACCAUGUCUGAUCUGUACGCUUCAGUACAAACUCAGCGAAACAAAAUCAUAGACACCACAGAUGAUGGAGAGGGCUAUGCAAACCAUCUCUGACUCAAGAUGCAGAGAGACUACGCUGGAAACAUUUUUUGAAGUUUGCGUUUCUCCCACAGGAUGGCACUGUUUUGUAGUUAAAUGAAACAGACCUUGUAUUGCGCAUUUUUAAAAUCACUAUUCAGCCCUACACGAUUCAGUCAGGCACGGCUCCAGUGUCCACCCUCAUAAGUGAAUGUUGUUGCUUUAAAUCAGAGAGUAGGCAUUUCUGAGAUCAACCUGUCUAGUUUUGCUUUUGUAAAUGAUAAGAAAUAUUAAAAUAGUUUAAAACAAACUAUGGCU